CUAGGAUGUCAUACGGCCCGACUAUUCACUUGUACGUGUGCUACGUACUCCGAACGUUGCAGGUAACAGAGACGUCUGUUGAGACUCCUCCUACGGACCCGCCCACAGAAGAUUUGGCGAAGUAUAGACAUCUGGCUAGCUGGUGCACUCCCUUGUACGCCACUAAAUAUUAUUUCUACUUUCAAGCAACAAAAUCUUUGAAGCAUUUUUUGAUCAUCGUUCGCUAAAAAGAAGUUCCAUUAAGUAGCGUCCAACAUUGGAGGGGCAGGCAACAACCACAACGCCAAUGCUCCCAAUUAUUGAUAUUAGAGAGGCAACAUGCCUUGUUCCAAUGCUCCUCCAUUUCCGCCGCCCCACCAAUUGUAGUGUUUAUUGCGGUUUUGUCAUAUUGUGGCCUAUUGUAGAACUUCACUUAUGGAUUGAGUUGUAGAAGGCGGUGUCGAUGCGAGACUGCACAUGCGGUCGGAUGCAACAACGUCGACGGUCGAUGUAUUUGUACUCCCGGAUGGACAGGGUCGAAUUGCAUGCAGCGUUGCCAAGAGGGCACAUGGGGCACGGAAUGUAUGAAAAAAUGCGUUUGCUACAACAACGCAACGUGCGACCCUGCUACUGGAAGUUGUCAUUGCACUCCCGGAUGGAGAGACAGUACUUGCUCAGAAUCCUGCACUCCAGGAUUCUACGGCUUGAAUUGCAAAGAGAAAUGUGAUUGCAAACAUGGCGUGUGCUUGCCAACAAACGGAACGUGUAUGUGUCGUGAAGGAUGGAAAGGAACUCGUUGUGACGAAAUAUGUGAGUUCGGGUACUAUGGUCGCAACUGCGAGCAACGUUGCAAUUGCAGCUUUUCUACUUGUGAUCGGAUCAAUGGCACUUGCGUUUGUCCUGCAGGAUACAAAGGAGUAUUUUGUGAUGAAAAAUGCUCAGCUGGAACGUUUGGCCUGGACUGUAACCAGACGUGUACAUGCCAAAACCGAGCUACCUGCCAUCCUGUCAACGGAUCAUGCACUUGCACGGCUGGAUGGAAGGGAGACAACUGCACUGAACCUUGUUCUCCCGGAACGUAUGGAUUAGGAUGUCUCUCUUGCAUCUGCCAAAACGGAGCAACAUGUGACCAUGUAACAGGAACUUGUCGGUGCGCACCCGGACACAUAGGUAAAAGAUGUGAAACGGUUUGUGCGCCUUGGACGUUUGGAGUCAACUGUUCAGACGUCUGUCUGUGUGUAAAAUCAAAUACAUUCAACUGCAGUCACCAGGAAGGUCGAUGCAACUGCAAACAUGGAUGGACGAGCGACACAUGUUCUGAUCCAUGUCCACGUGGCAAACACGGUCCUGACUGCCAAUUGAAUUGCACUUGUCAAAAUGGCGGAAAAUGUGACAAUGUCUAUGGAAUAUGCAGCUGUUUACCGGGAUUUACUGGUGACCGUUGUGAGAGGGCGUGUCCAGCAGGCAAAUUUGGGUUGAGAUGUGAAAAUGAUUGCGAAUGCCGUAAUGGUGCAAUUUGCCAUGCAGCAGACGGUAGUUGCACUUGCGUUGGUCUAUGGGUUGGUGACAGAUGUGACAGACAAUGUCUGAGCGACUGGCAGUUUUGGAAUGGAACAGAUUGCCAAGCGUGUUCUUGUCAAAGAAGAUAUGCCAUAAGAUGCAAUUCUUCGUCUGGUGAAUGCACAUGCCAUGUUGGAUGGUCACCUCCCAGUUGCUCUGACACAUGCCUACCAGGUACUUACGGCGACAAUUGCCAAUCCAAAUGCCAAUGCCAAAAUCACGCAAACUGCAAUCCUGUUGACGGAACAUGUUUUUGUACCGAUGGUUACACCGGACGAUUAUGUGAUCAAAAGUGUAAGAAAGGCACUUACGGUUACCGUUGCAAAGCGACUUGUCGAUGUCGAAACGGAGCUGUUUGCUCUCACGUUAAUGGUUAUUGUUCUUGUCGCGAGGGUUGGCGAGGCAGGUUCUGUUCGUCGCCGUGCGGUAAGGGAUUGUUCGGACGACACUGUGGUCAGCUAUGCGUUUGUCUUAACAAUGCGAAGUGUGAUCACGUGAACGGGUCGUGCACCUGCACCAAUGGAUGGAUUGGAGACGACUGUUCUACUCCUUGCACGAACUUUACUUACGGAAAACUUUGCACAAGUGUUUGUCAGUGUAAUAUCUCAAACGCUUUGGGAUGCAACAAUACUAACGGUCGCUGUAUUUGCACUCCCGGAUAUGGCGGUCUCACUUGCUCAGAAGAGUGCGAAAAUGAUACAUGGGGUUCGAAUUGCAGCAAGAAAUGCAAUUGUAGCAAUGGCGCUUCGUGUGACAAAAGGACAGGAGAGUGUCGGUGCGCGCUGGGAUACCAAGGCAGCAGCUGUUCAAAACUUUGUGAUGAUGGCUUCUAUGGCAUGAACUGUAGCCGCAUUUGCGACUGCAGGUUUCCUUCUUGUGUACCUACAAAUGGAACUUGUGUUUGCCCAGAUGGUUGGACGGGUGCUCGAUGUGAUAAAAAAUGCAAUGAAGGAACACACGGACAGAACUGCAAUCGGAAUUGUACAUGUCGGAACGGGGCGACUUGUCAUCCUGUUAACGGAUCUUGCACUUGCACUGCUGGAUGGCGAGGACUGAACUGUGAUCAGCCUUGUCCGGACAGAACAUACGGAUUGGGAUGUCAUCCAUGCAUUUGUGAAAAUGGGGCCUCCUGCGACCGACUGACAGGCAAUUGUCGUUGCCCAAGAGGCUACUCGGGAGAACGUUGCGAAGCUUCUUGUGAUGCUUGGAUGUUUGGAGACGAGUGUUCACAGCGGUGUAUGUGCAACAGAUCGAAUACGUUCAAUUGCACUCACAUCGAGGGUAAGUGCAGUUGCAUGCCCGGUUGGAAAGGAGAUACCUGUUCUGCAACAUGUCGAACUGGCACAUUCGGUCCAAACUGUAUAUUUAACUGCACGUGCAAAAAUGGCGGCCAUUGCAACGCAUCUUCUGGAAUUUGCAGUUGUUUACCCGGAUUUAUCGGCACUAUGUGUGAAGAGUUGUGUCCAUCAGGAAAAUACGGAUUUGGAUGUAAGCAUGAUUGCGAAUGCAAGAAUGAUGCACUGUGCAGUGGCAGGGAUGGGAAUUGUACUUGCAUUGGGGACUGGGUUGGUAAAAGAUGUGAUAGACGAUGUUCUAGCGACUGGGAAUUUUGGAAUGGAACAAACUGCAUUGAAUGUACUUGUCAAAAGAGUAAUACAAUACGAUGUAAUUCUUCUUCUGGCGAAUGUACAUGCGCAGCCGGAUAUAAUCUUCCCACCUGCUUGGAGACCUGCCCACAAGGUACGUUCGGCCUUAGUUGCCAAAGUAAUUGCCAAUGCCUAAACAAUGCGAGCUGCGAUCCUGUUGUCGGAACGUGCACUUGUACCGAUGGUUACACAGGAAGACUAUGUGCUGACAAGUGUGAAAACGGUACCUACGGUAAUCGUUGCAGUGGAAUAUGUCGAUGCGCAAAUGGAGCCGCUUGUUCUCACGUUGACGGUUCUUGUUCAUGUCUUCACGGUUGGCACGGCGAGUUCUGUACACUGACGUGCGGAAAGGGAUUCUACGGACGACUGUGCAGGCAGAAGUGUAACUGUGUUAAUGGGACGUGUGAUCCUGUCGAUGGAUCUUGCAGCUGUGCAGACGGAUGGACGGGAUUCAACUGUUCGACGCCUUGCACGAACUUCACGUAUGGAAGGCACUGCAUGCGACGUUGCCAGUGCAAUACUUCAAAUUCUCUGAGUUGUGACAACAGUGACGGUCACUGCAUUUGUAAUCCCGGAUGGACAGGUUCUAACUGCUCAAAGGGAUGUCCACCCGGCACAUGGGGAUACAACUGCACAGGAACGUGUGGUUGCAAGAAUGGAGCCACAUGCGAUCGCAUUACAGGGGCUUGUCAUUGCAAACCCGGAUGGCAAGGCACUGAUUGCUCAAAAUCUUGCCCUCCCGGGUACUACGGAAGUAAUUGCGAAAGUAAAUGUGUCUGUAAAUUUCCUUCCUGUUCACCAACGACUGGCCAUUGUAUCUGUCCUGAAGGAUGGAAAGGAGUUCGAUGCAGUAAACCAUGCUAUGCAGGAUUUUACGGCCGCGACUGUAACGAAAGCUGCACUUGCCAAAACGGUGGAACAUGCGACAAAACCAAUGGAACUUGCAACUGUGCGCGAGGAUUUUUUGGCAAUCAGUGUGAAAAUGUAUGUGCGUCUGGAAAAUUCGGAUUUGGAUGUGAGAGUGACUGCCAGUGCAAAAACGGUGGCACGUGUGACAGCGUUGACGGCAGCUGCUCCUGCCCGGCAUUGUGGUUUGGAAAGCAUUGCGACCAACAGUGCUGGAAGGAAUUUGAGUACUGGAAUGGGACGGAUUGUACGGCAUGUGCGUGCGAUAAAGAGCGCACUUUGUUAUGCAAUGUCUCUAGCGGAAUGUGCGAUUGUGUUCCCGGAUGGCACACUUCAACUUGCUCACAUCGAUGUCCACCCGGACAUUUCGGCUACCAGUGUGUGCAAAAGUGCGAGUGUCAGAACAACGGAAAAUGCGACGUCGAAGACGGCAAGUGCACGUGCACCAGUGGUUACACAGGAGAGCGGUGCGACGAACGCUGUAAAAACGGCUCUUACGGCGUGCAUUGCAGCAAACAUUGUCAAUGCCAAAAUGGCGCUCUUUGUUCGUACGUCGACGGUUCGUGUGCGUGUGGCGACGGAUGGCGGGGAGAGUUGUGCGACAUGCCGUGCGCGAAAGGAUUGUACGGCCGCAAGUGCGAACAACGGUGCCUCUGUGAGAACGACGCGGAGUGCUAUCACAUAGAUGGAUCAUGCAAUUGUACUGCCGGUUGGCGAGGAGACAACUGCGCCACGCCAUGCAAGAGCCUUACUUACGGAAAGGAUUGCGAGAAGAAGUGUCAUUGUGUCAACGCUGAAAGCUGCGACAAUGUCAAUGGAGCUUGUCUUUGCAAGUCUGGUUGGAAAGGAAGUACAUGCUCCGAUCAGUGUGAAAUUGGAUUUUAUGGACAAGGCUGUCUAGAGCUUUGCGCUUGUGAUUCUAAGAUUAACUGCGAUCGAUUCAGUGGAAGGUGCUUCUGUCCAGAUGGGCUAACAGGUGAAAACUGCGACCAAGUUAUCGUUAAUCGUGGCAACGAAACAGGUCAAGUAUCAAAAAACCAAGACUCCAAAUUAGUAAUAUGGGAAGCAGUCGGAGGUGGCAGUGCUGCUCUACUGGUAGUUGCCAUCAUAAUAGCAGUCAUCUUAAUCAGACAUGCCAGGCGAUCAAAGACCUUCAAUGUUGCCAAAAGGAGUUUUGUUGAACUCAGAAAUGUUUCGGAAUCGGAUUACAUUGAGGAUACUUGGAGCAGAUCAGCCAAUCAUGAUUAUGAUAUUGACCAACAGCCGAGGGUCUUUUCCAAACGUACCGUCGAUUUCGAGAACCCGCUGUAUGUCGGCAAUUUGACGUCGGAUCAUGAAGGCGAUUUUGUAAAUCAGGAGUCACGUGAGGCGUUCAACGAAUCGAAUUGACGUGGUCGUUUCAAGGUGGAUCGGUAUUACAUUAGAUAGAGACUUUUGGUUGCAAGAAUGAGUAGAAUUUCUAAAACUUUUAAUUGUGUGUGUUCUUGUGUUGCAUUUUGCUAGUGAGUUUUGAUUUAUGUUUGACGUCAUCGUGUUUGCUGAUAAAUGUGUGUUUGAUAUGGAUUCUAAAUGCUCUUGCCUUGAAUUUAUAUAAAGAUAUAGCAAUAGCGCGAU